UCACUUCCCAUGCGUUCGUUCGCACUGGCCGAAUAUGCCGUUGUGCUCCCUACGGCCUGACCCCUAUUUAAGAUCCGAUCUCUCUCCCCCUCCUCUUCCUUCCCCUCUGUGUGUGUGUGAGAGAGAGAGAGAGAGAGAGAGAGAGAGAGAUUUCUCUCUCAUUUGUCACCUUCAGUCCUCCGACCAACUCCUCUUCCUCUGUCUCGUCCCCUCCGCGGCCGCCUCACCCGACGACCGAGACCAAAGCUGCAGAAGGGACACAGAAGAUGGGAGGGAGCGGCGGCGGAGAAGUGAGGAGAAGGGGAUGCGGGUGCUCCAAGGACGACUUCCUCCCCGAGGAGUCGUUCAAGAGCUUCGGCAGCUACCUCAGUGCCCUCAAGGACACCCCGGCCCGCCUCAAGGACCGCGUCCUCUCCCGGUCCCUCGACUCCCGGGAGCUCCAUGAGGUCAAGGCCCAGAGCCAGCACGAGAUGAAGAAGACCCUCAACUGGUGGGACCUCAUGUGGUUCGGCAUUGGGGCUGUCAUCGGCGCUGGUAUCUUCGUGCUCACAGGCCUCGAGGCCAAGGAACACGCGGGACCUGCCGUCGUGCUGUCCUAUGUCGUGUCGGGCGUUUCCGCCCUGCUCUCGGUCUUCUGCUACACGGAGUUUGCCGUGGAAAUUCCCGUUGCAGGUGGAUCAUUUGCUUACCUGAGGGUGGAGCUUGGAGAUUUCAUGGCCUUCAUAGCCGCUGGGAACAUCCUGCUGGAGUACGUGAUCGGCGGGGCCGCCGUGUCCCGGUCGUGGACGUCCUACUUGGCGACCCUUCUCAACCAUGAGCCCAGUGACUUCCGCAUAAAUGUUGACAGCCUCCCCAAGGACUACAGCGAACUUGACCCGAUUGCCGUCGGCGUCUGCGCGGCCAUAUGCGUCUUGGCCGUCCUCAGCACCAAGGGCUCCUCCCGUCUCAACUAUGUGGCCUCCGUCGUGCACAUUGCCGUCAUCCUCUUCAUUAUCAUUGCUGGCCUCUGCAAAGCUGACCCGAAGAACUACACCACGUUCGCUCCCAACGGCCCACGGGGCAUCUUCCAAGCGUCUGCCGUCCUCUUCUUUGCUUACGUCGGGUUCGAUGCCGUGUCCACGAUGGCUGAGGAGACCAAGAACCCGGCCAAGGACAUCCCCAUUGGCCUCGUUGGGUCGAUGGUCAUCACCACCACCUGCUACUGCCUUAUGGCGGUGACUCUCUGCCUGAUGCAGCCAUACAAAACCAUCGACGAGAAUGCUCCAUUCUCGGUGGCAUUCGAGAAGGUCGGGUGGAGCUGGGCCAAGUACAUUGUGGCUGCAGGGGCGCUCAAGGGGAUGACCACCGUGCUGCUCGUGGGCGCCGUGGGCCAGGCUCGCUACCUGACCCACAUUGCCCGGACCCACAUGAUGCCGCCCUGGUUUGCCAAGGUGAGCGGCAAGACUGGGACUCCGGUGAAUGCCACCGUCACUAUGCUCUUCGUUACCGCAGUCAUCGCCUUCUUCACGAAACUCGAGAUCCUGUCGAACCUCCUAUCCAUCUCCACCCUCUUCAUCUUCAUGCUCGUCGCUGUCGCCCUCCUCGUGCGCCGCUACUACGUCACGGGAGAGACCUCAGCCUCGGACCGCAACAAGCUCAUCACUUGCCUUGUACUCAUCAUCGGGUCAUCCAUUGGCACUGCCGCUUACUGGGGCAUCGGUGGGACUGGCUGGGUCGGUUAUGCCGUCACAAUCCCGAUCUGGCUCAUAGCCACGGUGUGCCUGCAUGUGUUUGUCCCACAUGCUCGUAAACCCAAGCUCUGGGGGGUCCCACUGGUCCCGUGGCUGCCCUCGGUCUCAAUCGCCGUCAACAUCUUCCUCCUCGGGUCGAUUGACAGGCAUUCGUUCGAGAGGUUCGGGGUGUGGACUGGCUUACUCCUGGUGUACUACCUCUUGUUUGGGCUGCACGCAACGUAUGACACCGCGAAGGAAGCAGACGCAAACCGAGAAAAGGCAAAGAUCGGCCACAUCGAAGAGGGGACGAUGUGAGUUCUGCCAUAAUUGGGGGCCAUCACUAGUUUCAGCAAAUAUGUACAUAUCUCAGCAGGCAACCAGGAAUAUCAGGAAAACCGUCUACAACAUUCGAAAUUGGUAGUUUGCCCGACUCAUGUGGUACGUUUAUUU